AUGUGCCAAAUUUCUACUUUACAGAGGGAGAUCUAUGGAAUCCACGAGCUGAUAUCCGAGAGCACAUCUAGACAGCGCUCUAAAUCGCUACCUGCUCUAAGGAGGCGGAUAAAGGCCUUCGAAGAGGAGCAUGGAUGUGAUAAAAGACACAGGAGUUAUACUGUGCUGAAAGAUAAGGUUAAAAGGUUACCUGAGCUUAUCAUCGCACGGUACAAUGGUAAAAGUGCUAAGACCGACGACUAUGACAGCGAUGAGGAAGACCGGAGGAAUGGUGUCCCUACUAUACACACCCAGGGCCGUGGUGGCCAGUUCAACCCGGAUAUGAAGACAAUAGUCGCCGAAAGGCAUGGAGAACUAAUAGACCGCAAGUGCGAACUACAGAGGGAGCUACACGCCGCAAAGCAGCGGUACCUCGACGCGCGCGACUGGUUCGUUAACACGUCCAAUCCGCAAUGGGAUGCGAAGAAGUGCUUCGCAUAUCGGGAACUGGAAGAUAACUACGUAGACCUAACGCGCAAGUACUUCGAGCUCGAAGACGAUAUCAACGAGCUCCAGGCUAUGCUCCUCAGCUUCGGGGAAAGCGUGUCUGUGCCGGCGCCGGUACCGGUGCAGAAAAGCGGUCAUUGGGAUAUGAAUACGCGGCGUUCUCGCAUAUGGACUUUGGCGAAUGCUAGUUAUGAGUGGGAGUCGCCUGAUGAUUUUUCGGCGGUGGGUUCGCGGGGCAAUAUUGGCGCAUCUAGGACGUUUUGA